GUACCAUCUACAACUAGUACAACUCCUGGCACACCGCCUCCAUCAACAACCACCUCCACUACUCCAAUUACACCUCCAACAACUGUUUCAACAGAAGUACCAUCUACAACUAGUACAACUCCUGGCACACCGCCUCCUUCGACAUCGACAACCACCUCCACUACUCCAAUUACACCUCCAUCAACUGUUUCAACAGAAGUACCAUCUACAACUAGUACAACUCCUGGCACACCGCCUCCUUCGACAUCGACAACCACCUCCACUACUCCAAUUACACCUCCAUCAACUGUUUCAACAGAAGUACCAUCUACAACUAGUACAACUCCUGGCACACCGCCUCCAUCAACAACCACCUCCACUACUCCAAUUACACCUCCAACUGUUUCAACAGAAGUACCAUCUACAACUAGUACAACUCCUGGCACACCGCCUCCAUCGACAACCACCUCCACUACUCCAAUUACACCUCCAACAACUGUUUCAACAGAAGUACCAUCCACAACUAGUACAACUCCUGGCACACCGCCUCCUUCGACAUUGACAACCACUUCCACUACUCCAAUUACUACACCACCAACUGUUUCAACAGAAGUACCAUCUACAACUAGUACAACUCCUGGCACACCACCUCCUUCGACAUCGACAACCACCUCCACUACUCCUACACCUCUUAUUAUUUUCACUGAAAGUACCAGAAGUACCAGUAUAACAUCUCCACAAAAACAAAUUGUCAAUACAACAACUCCUACAUCAUGUUUUUGUGUGGUUCAAGGAAAACAAUAUAAACCUGGAGAGUCAAUAUUGGAUAAGAAGGACAAUGGCUCAGGGAUUUGUCUGACCAUGAUCUGCUCCAUAACCUGUGCUAUUCAGAACAGUACAGAGCCAUGUCCAACACCACCACCACACGACUGUCCUAAAUGGAACAAAACUACUAACGAGAUCUUCCACAUAUGUGACUGUAUUAUGGGAAAGUGCAUAAAGGGAGACAUCAUGGAGAUUGUCCAACAUCAAUGUCCUCUUCCGAAGAGCAUCACAUGUACAAAUAACCAGACAGCAGUGCUGGUCUAUGAUGAGCUACACUGCUGCCGGCAAUACACCUGUGAUUGCUUUUGUCAGGGUUGGGGUGGCUCGCAUUACAUGACAUUUGAUGGACGCUCCUACACUUACCAAGGAAACUGCACUUAUAUAUUAAUGGAGGAAAUUAGACCUAAAUACAAUUUGAAGAUCUACAUUGACAAUGUAUACUGUGAUAUCCAUGAGCCUGUAUCCUGUCCCAGAUCCAUUAUUGUUUCUUACAACAAUCAAGUCAUAACACUUAGGAAUCACAGGUUCAUGGAAGGUGCGGCACUACAGGCACUGAAGGACAAUGUUAAUCUAACACUGCCAUAUACUCAAAAUGGUGUGAGGGUUAUCAAAUCAAGCCUGAACUUGAUCUUGGAGGUUCCAGAGCUACAAGUCGUUGUAACAUUUGGAAACACCGACUUUAGCAUCAACCUGCCAUUCCAGCAUUUUGGAAAGAACACACAAGGACACUGUGGAACAUGCAACAACAACCAGACUGAUGACUGCAUGCUGCCUGGAGGGAUCUUGGUUAAUGACUGUGCAGUGAUGGCAGAUCACUGGACAGCCAGUGGUGUGGAUGGCAAAAACUGCACUAAACCAAGUCCAAGACCUCCAGUCUGGAAUAUAUCCACACCCAUGCCAAUAACACCAUACCAGCCCCAUCCUGACUGCCACCAUCUCCAGAGCAAGGUGUUUGAAGCAUGCCAUUCCCAUGUGUCUCCUGAAAAUUUCUUUUUAGCCUGUCAGUAUGAUAGUAUUCAUAUGAGCGACCCCUCAGUGGUGUGUGCCAGUCUGCAGAGCUAUGCGAGGGCUUGCUCUCUGGUUGGGGUUUGCAUUCACUGGAGAAACUACACUAGCCUUUGCAACAUUAUAUGUCCAGAAGAUAAAAUAUUCUUGCCUUGUGGUCCAGCCGAACCUCCAACUUGUAGAGGCGGACCUAUGCAGAGCUCAAUUUCAGUGCCCACAGAAGGCUGCUUCUGCCGUGAGAACAAAACACUCUUCAGCACGGAGUCAGGAUUAUGUGUGUCAAAAUGUGGAUGUGUGGACUCCUCUGGGACUCCACGUGAGUUUGAUAAGCAUUUUAUGCACAACUGUGAAGACUGUGUCUGUGAUAAGGCCAGCCAAUCAGUGAUCUGUAAACCCAAGAAGUGUCCUGAUGUGACACCUGAGAACUGCACUGGGCCCGGCUUCAUGCUGUUCAAUGAGACUGAUCCCGCUGACCCAUGUUGCAGCAAACAAGUUUGCAAAGAGAUUGUAGAUUGUGCAGUCAUCAUGUGCAAAGAUGGAUCAUGUACAAAAGGGUCCUGUAUUUAUGUUGCACCAGACAACACCACACAUACUCUCAAGGAUGGAGAGGAGUACAAGUACAAAUGUGAAACUGUUACCUGCCAUCAAAUUAAUGGCUUGUUUGUGACUAAGAAAACCAUCACAAAAUGUCCUUAUUUGAGUUCACAUGAAUGUGAGCCUGGGUUUGAAUAUGUGAAAAAAGAAGGAGAGUGCUGUGGAACAUGUACACAAAUAGCCUGUAUUUAUGAUGCACCAGACAACACCAGACAGACUCUCAAGGUUGGAGAAGUCAAGAGUUACACAUGUGAAACUGUUACCUGCCAUCAAAUUAAUGACUCGUUCAUCAGUGAGAAGACUAAAACAAAAUGUCCUUAUUCAAGUUCACAUAGCUGUGGGCCUGGGUUUGAAUAUGUGAAAAAAGAAGGAGAGUGCUGUGGAUCAUGCACACAAGUGGCCUGUAUUUAUGAUGCACCAAACAAUACCAGACAUGUUCUCACGGAUGGAGAAGUCCAGAGUUACACAUGUGAAACUGUUACCUGUCGUGAAUUUAAUGGCUUAUUUGUGACUGAGAAGACCAAAACAAAAUGUCCUUACUCGAGUUCACUCGACUGUGGGCCUGGUUUUGAAUAUGUGAAAAAAGAAGGAGAGUGCUGUGGAACAUGUACACAAGUGGCCUGCAUUUAUGAUGCACCAGACAACACCAGACAUGUUCUCAAUGAUGGAAAGGAGUACUAUUUCAAAUGUAUGAAUACAACCUGUGUGAACAGGACUGGCAUGUUUAUGACAAAAGAGAGCUAUAAACAAUGCCCGCCCUUUAACCGAGAUGACUGUAAGCCUGAAACAGUGCAAUAUGACAAAGACGGAUGCUGCGAGAUCUGUGAACUCAGCAACUGUGUUCGUGCGAAGAACGUCACCCAUCUGCAUGUCAAUGACUGCACUUCCAUCGAGGAUGUAGAAGUUACUUCCUGCGCUGGCCACUGUGACGAUGGAUCAAUGUAUUCAAUGGAAAAUGACAUCAUGAUGCACAGUUGUUCUUGCUGUCGGGAGGAGCGUGUCAGCCGUAAAGAUGUGAUGCUGAAGUGUGCCAAUGGCAGCGAGAUCCUUCAUCACUACACGUACAUAGAGACCUGCAAAUGCACGCCUACCAAGUGUGAAGAAGAGACUGGAAAAAAUGAACAUGGACAAUUUACAGAAAUAAAUCUUGUGACACUUAAUGGGAUAAAUGAACCAUAAAAAAUAUCGUAAGGAAUUUCAAGUUUAGGGGACUGGACUUUGGGUAAAAAUCUACACAUUUAAUUAUAUAAUGUUAAUAUUCCAUCUAAAGUAAAAUCUAUAUAACAACUGUAAUAAUACAGUUGGUAAAAGAGGCAAAUGAUGAAUUAGAGUCAAUCACAAGUCACUUUUCCACAAGCUGAGGUAAAUACUAAUAUCUAGAUUCUAGAAGGUGCACACAAAUACAAAACGUGUGACACGAAAAUAAUGCAAGAAACAUUAAACAACAUAAGAUAUAACAUAAAAGAUACAUAAUUAAUAACAAAAAGUAACAAGAAAAAAAUUAUGUCAAGUUAUUUUAUUUAGUGUCACUCAGGGAAUUGUUUACAGUUUUUCACUGUAAAUGAUAAGAUCUAUAACAGUAUUUUGCUGUAAAAUUACAUAAACUGGCCCAUUAGAUAAUCAAUGAACAGGUUCUUACCAUUGCUUUCAGUCUUUUAUUAAAAUUACAAACAUUGUUUUACAGUGUAGACCACCUGUGGAUAAAAAAGAUACCACUUGACCUGCUGAUCUGUCACAAGAAAGCAACUCUUUUAAAAUAUAUAACCGAAAAUGACAAUGAUUUAAGCUGAUUGUUGUAGUGCAUUAAUGGCUAAAAUUAUUUUGGCAAAUAUUGCACCUCAUGUUUUCUUUGGUUUGAUUGAAGGGUGUAGUUAUUUCUAAGCAUAAUCUUUAAAAAAAAAAAAAAAAAAAAAAACUUUUUUUUGGUAAUGCAUGAUAUAAUGUUGUUUUUUUCCUUCCAAUGAAAUUUAUCAAAAUCACAAUAAAGCAUAAUAAAGAGCAUCAUUUACA